GAGACAGAAAACAAUGGAACCGCAAGAUCUUGCUGACCGUGAGCUGCGUGCCAUCAAAAAAAGACUGUGCUUUAUCAGCAGCACAGCCUGUGUGCUUUGUAUAGUCUGUACAGCUGCUACGCUGGUGCUUGUUUUCACCCACCGAACGGGGUCCCCUUUAGCAGAAUCUGUAAAAGAGCACAUUACACAACGACAAGAUGCACAGUCUCCGCUCUGUACAGCUAGCAGAAAAGUUCAUGCACAACUCAAGUGGUGCACCAAAGAAAAACAUUCUUCUAGCACGCUUCUGUGGAAAAAGAACAGCCCUUUACAUGGAAUAAAAUAUCAAGAUGGAAAUCUCACUAUUUUAACUAAGGGGCUAUAUUUUGUCAAUUGCCAUCUCCAUUUUGCUAUCAAAGAUUGUUUAAAAAAAGAGGAAGACUUAAGGACCAGUUUGAUAGUGAAUGGGAGACCUGUACAUGAAAUGCUGUAUACGUUAUGGAAGAACAGCACAAGUUGCAGUAAGAUCUUCAGGGAUCAGCAUUUUAGCCUCCAGAUAGAACUGAAUGUUUUUGACAAUGUGUCCAUCCAAACAAACCAUGCUGAUUGGCUAAAUGGGGGGCUAUUGGCUGACAGCAUUGUGUUUGGGGCAUUCCUAUUAUAAGAAGACUUGAGAAAAACACACUAUAUUUAUCAUUUCCAAUUUUUAUUCUCCAUCUAAAACAGUGUCUCCCAUCAAGUUAACAGCUCAACAGUUAAAUGGAUUAAUAAACAAGAACUGAUUGCCAUAAUUAUAGCAACCAUGGUGUAAUGGAACAGCCCGUACCUUUUCUCCUAUUCAUGAAUCCUUACACAUGAAAAACAUAGCAUGCUCCUUCAGUAUAACAGAGUAAUGCUUUAUUUUCAGAUUCUCUCUAUUAAUUCUUUGUACUAUAGAUGUGCAUUUCAGUUCUCCAGAAAUCUGAAACCACCAGAAUUUUGUGGAUCCUAACCAAACAAAAACCCAGUCCGGAUCCUCCAAAGAAAUCCAAUCAGUACAGAGUCUCGGUUCGAAUCUUCCUGCAGAUUGAAUUUGGAUUUUAAAUAAAAAUUUCUGGUUUUGGAGUGCAAAAAUGA